GUUUAGGGCAUUUUAAAUUGUGCGUCAACAUUGACACAAAAAGCGAUAUUUGCAACUCUUCACCAGAAUUUGCCUGUUAUUUGUUUAUUGUCAGUGAAAAUCCUUUUACCAUUAAAAUUAAAACAACCACACGACUCAAUGGUGAAUCGUCCCGUGGUAACUGGCCUAUCGCCAAAGGAAGGACCUCCCGGAACACGGGUUACGAUACGUGGCGAGUUCCUCGGUACUAAAGCGAGCGAUUUGGUUGGUUUAACUAUUUGUGGCUGUGAUUGUCUGCUGUCGGCGGAAUGGAAGUCGGACAAAAAGAUAAUCGCUCGUACAGGAGCAGCCAAGGGCAAAGGCGACAUCAUUGUGACCACUCGAUAUGGCGGAACAGGAACGUCAACGGUGCAGUUCCGGGCCUAUUACGAAACCAUAGGACCGAUGAAGGAAUCCGCCGUAUGGAUUGAAGAAUCACCAAUGCAAUCGUUGGCCUGGGGCAGACGAUCUCUCGCUCCAUCCGGUUACAUUCAGGAGGACCCCCUUGGGCUUUCCAUCGAGGGUAAUGAUAAGAAGUUCCCGGAGGAUUUGAGAGACAUUUUCCCGGAAGGUUCUGGUGAUUUGUCACAGGACAAUUUUUUGCCCGGUUGGUUUUUGCUGGAAAAUCAUCACGCGACUUCGUUUGACGAUCUGAAGGCAGGAUUAUCAUUUCUGCGCCGUAGAGUUGAAAGUCAAAAGGAAGGUCAACUUUCAUUUCUGAAAUCCAAUGCCGGCUCGGUCAUUGAUCAACUGGAUACGUUAAUGACUCUCCGAGAUCGGGUCACACAGGACACCAAAAUGUACGGGGAUCAGGUUCGGGAUUUGGAGGGAGCUAUCAAAAAUUCCAUUGACGCUUCUCAUGAACUUUUCAAAGAUGUUCUCUCAAGGAAAGAGAAGGCAGAUGCCACUAGGGCGGCUUUGUCAGCACUUUCAAGACACAAGUUUUUGUUCUGUUUGCCUAACUCUGUUGAGAAAAGCGCUGCAAAGAACGAAUUUGACAUCGUCGUGAAUGACUAUGCGAGAGUCAAGAAUCUGUUCGGAAAAACGGAUGUUCCGAUUUUUAAAAAAGUUUUAGAAGAAGUGGAUCACAAAGUGCUGGAGAUUCGCCAACAAUUGCAUUCUAAAAUCAAAGAAAUGCCUCAGGGUGUUGAGCAGCAAAAGAAAUUCGUGAAGGCACUGAUCAGCUUGGAGGCACAGCAAGUCGGGACGAGUGUAGCAAGUAUGUUGCAAAUCGGAGAUCCUGCCUGGGAUGCUAUAGAAGCUCGAGCCAAAUAUCUCGAGGACACAUUCCUCAAAUCGUACGAACUCUACACGGGGAAAGAAACGAACCCUACGGAAUCUAAAUCAAGAGCCGACCCUAAUGCUACCCCUAAUCGGGUGCAGUUUUGCGAAGAAAUGACAGAGAUAGCAGCCAGCCAAUUCCCCGAUCUUUGGCGACUUGGUCAGGCAUAUUUUACCGGAGAACUACGUGGUGCCGCUCAACCGAAACCAGGCAAUUUUAAACGGAUCAUUCUAACCGUUAUUGAACAGUUCUGUUCCUAUCUGAAGGCGGCGUUGCUGCCUCCUAACAGUACCCGGUCUUUACUGGCCAGUAACAUGAAAGGUCUUCCAACCUGGCCGCCUAGUAAUCCUUCGCUAAACUAUCUCAUCACCUGGCUGCCGCACUGUUUGCGCUAUAUACGAGUUUCGUAUGCCACACUCAUACGAUUGGACUUACCCAGCGAAGCGUUGGAUAUUGUACUGAAACUGAUCGACGAAAUGAGACUGUACUGUUUAUCUACGGUACUCAAAAAAGCCAAUGAGAAAGUUAAAAAACUUCACGAGAAAGAAACUUGGGAAUUCACGGUUGCCGAUUUUGCUGGAGCAACGGCAUUGCCCUCAAAGUUGGAAGAAAUUCUAAAGGAAGCCAUCGAUGAUGCCCAAGCUAUCUGCCUAACUCCGGAAAUUCGUGAAACCUCCCUGCUAGAGCCGCAAUCAGACGGCCAGCGGGAAAUGUCUAAGCGCAUACAGGAAAUACUGGGUACAUUCUGCGGUGUCAUAGAGACACUUGCUCUGCAACGUUCCGACGAGGACCCCCAGCAAAGUCCCAUGCUAUCCCAGUUGAUUGGAUUUCCCACGGCCCUACUGCAGCAGCAAACUUCCGGGGACAAAAGUUGGGGCUCCAGCAUCACUUGGGAGCAACGGUUGCUGUGCUGUUUGUCCAAUUGCAUCUACUGUAAUAAGCUGUUUUUCCCCAAAUUGGGUGGAUUGUUUACCAAACAUAACUAUCCGAUACCGACAAUAGCUAUCGAAAACUCUCGCUCUACCGUUAACGGUUUGUUCAGCAGCCUAUUGGACAUGUACGUAGAGCACAAGAGUGAUCCACUGGUGGGAACGAUUGAGCCAUCGAUGUACAUCGGUCGCUUCCAAUGGGAUCAAGUUGGACCGUCGGAUAAACUUAGUCCGUACGCGCAUGAAUGCUGCGACAAUUUGGUUUCGGUCUAUUCGGAAAUAUUUUCCAUUUCCCCGAUCUUGCUAAGACCCGUGCUGGAACCAAUUGUUCAAACGGUGGGUGAAGAACUGGCACGUUUGAUGACCUGUGUACAAAAGUUCAACAUCAACGGUGCCGUCCAAGCCAAGGUGGACAUCCACGUUAUACGCGAUGCUGUUCGAGUGUACAGUAAUGAUACAGCUAAGACAUUUUUCGUCGAAGCCCUGGAAUCCAUUCCGCAGGUUCCCGACAGCGAAGAUCGCAUUCAGGAAACAGUUCGACAAAUCAAGAACAAUAUGCGAUUGCAGUUAAUGUGUCUUCAAGUGGUUGAUCCCUGACACGAUAGCGUUAACUUUAGGAUGAUGACUCUGAGCAAAGCUAGAAGCAGCAGAAAACCUAAUGACAACAUAGGUAAGCGAUUUGUAAAACUAUCCUAAAAUCUUAUCAUCUAUCAAUGUGCACUUCAAAAUUAGAAUAUUUUAUUAUUAUUCUUAAUCAGAUAUUUAUUGGGAAAAACAAGUUGACAAGUAUAUCCUCACACAAGCUGAAUCAUUCAAA